CACUCACUCUUCUUUAUUCAUUUUUGUUUUCCUCGCCUCUCUUCGCCCUCAUCCUCUUAAUCGCACGGCUCACAUAAUCACAUGACGGAGAAGAAAACCACUGCUAGGAUGAUGAACGCUUUGUCACAGGCUACGGAGAGGCCGCACUUUCAACGCCUGCCUGCCUGCCUGCCUGCCUGCCACGCCACAAGACAUGGCCCGUGCCUCAUUCUCCCCUCGGAACACACAUGGGCAUGUGAACCUGAGCGAUUUGCAUCAGCCGGUCUUUGGAGAGAGGCGAUGGCUAGGGUUUCCGGUCGAACACGGGUCUCAUUGUUGACGAGAUCCCCUUGGCGCGAUGUCUACAUGUGUCGAUACACACACUCAUAUACAUGGUUUCCUUGUUUUGUUUUCUUCUCUUUUACUGUCUCUCUAAUAAAUAUGGAUUGCGAGGCGAGGGACUCGGCCGGCGGGCGAAUUAACACCUCUGGACCGCUGGCGGACGGGGAGAGGACGAGAAAAAAACUGUUGUACUUUAGCUGCGAGAUGGAAUGGUGGGCACGUUCCGGUAGCAGACGUCUAGGCUGCGUUUUUCCUAGCUAGUUUGAUUUAUCUGUUUGCUUGACGAUUUUACAUGGUUCCCAGUGUGGUGACAGGAUAUUUGUACCAGUCGCAAAUAGUAGUGUCUCAACUCCGCGCAACGCCGUUCCCAACAAUUCGAUCCCUUACCGUACAAUCAGCUACGCUAUGCAACUCCUUCUCUGAGUUUUGUCGAGGCUCUGGACUGGAUUAUCUCUUCUUGGCGUUCCUCAUGAUGAAGGCGCCUACAACACCAGCUGCAAUACCGACACCGCUCAGGAUCGCCACACCCAUGAGUCCUUCCUUUGCGAC